AAAUGGCUUUAACAAUCAUUGAUUCAAAUGCUUUAUUUAAUAGUUAUAAUCAAUCUAAAUAUUCUAAUAAACUUUUAGAAAGUGCAUGGCAAUUUGAAAUAUACCGAGCAAUUAGUAAAUGCCUUCCAAAAGGAAUUUAUAUAUCUCCAGAAGUUGGAAGAAUUUUUUGCCAAGGAGGAUUUGUAGAUCUUUAUAUUCCUACAUAUAAAUGGGCUAUAGAAUUAUUAAUUGAAG